AUAGUUAUUUAAUAAUAUUUAAUUUAAAUUACAAUUAUCAUAACUUACAUUCUUGUGAACUUUUGUAACCGAAUAUUGCUUCAAACUGCAAUAUGGGCAACCUAUAAAUAAUAGUGUCGUAUUAUUAAUAACCAAUUAAUAACGCAUUUUGUGGAGUUAGUUUUUGUAUUUUUCUUGGAGAAAAUAAUUAAAAUGGCGUGUAAAUAUAUUGUGUCUGUAUUUCUUCUGAUGCUGUGUUCACAGCACGUCUACUCCCAAGCCUUAUUUCCCAACCCCUGCGGUAAAUCACAGGUGACAUCAGUAUCCAAGACCAGCAUCCAAAGCCCUUGCCCACCAGUGAUGACACCGUGUCCACCAGUGGUGACACCGUGCCCACCAGUGGUGUCACCGUGCCAGCCGGUGUGCCAAUGCCAGCCAGUUUGCCAAGCUAGUUACGCCCCUGUUUGUGAUGUGGAUUAUGUAGCUUCGUAUGGUAUACCGACCACCACUAUUAUUCAGGACGACUCCGUAGCCAAUAACCUAGCCAAUGCUCUCCAACUCCUCAUAGUUAGCAACCUUCUUGGCAACACUCUUCCUAACAACGAUCUUCUACUAGGCGCCCCGUUGCUAGGGCAACCAGGUUUGCUGGGGCAACCAGCGUUGCUAGGGCAACCAGCUUUGCCAUUCUCCCUGGGUUGUUAGGAUGUGGAUGCGGAUUAGGAUGUGGAUGCGGUGGAUGUUUACUUUAAGAUUUUUUGUACUUCAUUUAGUAAUACAUUUUGUUUUUUAUAAAA